AUGCCCACCACCACCAUAGUCUCCUUCUUGCCCUUUCUCUUCUUCUUCUUCUUCUUCUUGAUAGUGCCCUCAUCUCCCUCUCCGGCGCGUCACAGCCGGAGAACUCUCCACCAGCCCCUGUUCCCCUUCCUCUCUGAGCCCCCAACUCAGGCUCCUCUCUCCUCCCUCCCCAGGUACCCUUCUUCCACAAACCCCCUCCCCUUCUUCCCCGCCUUCCCCUCACCUCCGCCGCCACCGCCGCCACCGCCGCUGCCUCCUUCUCCUCCGGCCACCUCCGUCCCCAUCUUCCCCAGCAAUGAGGUCCCUCUCAUCUUCCCCUCUCCCCACUCGGCGAGUGGCCACCGCUUCCUCUCCAAGACGCUCAUCCUCGCCAUCGCCGUACCCGUCUUCACCAUAGCCCUCCUCGGGGUCUCCUGCGCUCUCUUCAGCCGCCUCCGCCGCCGGCGCCUGGAAGGAAAGCCCUCCACGACGGAGAGCCACCGCCUGUUCCUGGCCAGCGCCGCCGCCUCGGAGGCUGCGAAGGCCACCGGCAGCUCCGUCGCCGGCAGCUCCGACUUCUUCUACCUCGCUGCGGCGAGAGGCGGUGGGGAUGGCGUCGCCGCUCCUCUGCCGCUGAGCUCGCCGGAGCUCCGCCCCCUCCCUCCUCUCCCCCACCGUCUCCGGCAGGGCCACGGCCAUACCGAAAUAGCUCCCCCCUCGGAGGCGGAGGAGGAAGAGUUCUACUCUCCUCGAGCUUCAUCGGCGGACAAGGAGAAGAACCCCGGCGAGUCUGGCUCCCGGAGGAGCUUCCCUUCUGCUUUAAUGGAGAAAUGUGGAUUGCCCAGCUCAGCCCUGAGCAGUCCCUCGUGCCCAUCUUCCUACUCUGCAUCUUCUCCAUCUCCGUCCUCCCCAGAAGGAUCUCUGCUUCCAUCGCCGCCGCCACGAGCUCCCCCUCCACCGCCGCCGCCUCCGCCGCCGCCGGCGCUGAGGCUCAGGGAAAGGAAAGGUUCGAGGAGGCCCGCCGGGGAGCCUCCUGUGCUCACGUCCCCGAGGCCGUCGGGGAUGAUCUCCAUGGCGGCGAUCCACCCCGCCGAGUCCCCGAAGAGCUCCACCGAGGAGGCGGCUCCUCGCCCCAAGCUGAAGCCGCUGCAUUGGGACAAGGUCAAGGCGAGCUCCGACAGGGCGAUGGUGUGGGACCAGCUGAAAACCGGCUCUUUCCAGUAAGUCCCCGCCGGCUGGGGAGCUCCUCCGCCUGCUGCCGCACAGCUGACCGACCGACCCUCCUCCGUGUUCCAGGUUUAAUGAGGAGAUGAUGGAGGCGCUGUUCGCCGGCGCCGCCGCUGGCCGGGCGGCGCCGCCGUUGCCCUCGCCAGGAAGGGAGAGGAGGCUUCUCGAUCCGAAGAAAUCCCAGAACGUCGCUAUCCUGCUGCGGGUGCUGAACCUCACCAAGGAGGAAGUCUGCGGCGCCCUCCUGGAAGGUGGGUCGCUCAAUCCUUCUUCUUCUUCUUCUUAUUCUUCUACACCGGAAAAUUAGGGUUUUGGUCCUGGUUCAGGUGACGCGGAGAGCUUGGGCCCCGAGCUGCUGGAGACCCUUCUGAAGAUGGCGCCCACCGGGGUGGAGGAGGCGCGGCUGAGGGCGCAGGGAGACGACGACCCCUCUUUCAAGCUAGACCCCGCCGAGAGGUUCCUCAAGGCCGUCCUCGACAUCCCCUUCGCCUUCAAGCGCCUUGAGGCCAUGCUCUACACCUCCCGCUUCGACUGUGACGCCGCCACCCUCUGCGAUUCCUUCCAGACCCUCCGCGUAAGCCACAGUGAUAGAGAGAGGGAGAGAGAGAGGGGUCUUCUUCUUUCUUUCUUUCAUUCUUUCUUUCUGUCUUAUUCAGGUGGCCUGCGAGGAGCUGAGGGGGAGCAGGAUGUUCUUGAGGCUGCUAGAGGCGGUGCUGAAGACGGGGAACAGGAUGAACGUAGGAACGAGCCGCGGGGGCGCGAGGGCCUUCAAGCUCGACGCGCUCCUCAAACUCGCCGACGUCAAGGGCGCUGACGGCAGGACCACGCUGCUGCAUUUCGUCGUCCAGGAGAUUGUGCGGGCGGAAGGCGCCCGCCUCGCCGGCGGCAGCGCCGGCGGGGCCGGGAGCCUGAGGGAGGAGUUGCAGUUGCGGAGGGUGGGGCUGCAGGUGGUGGCGGGGCUAGGCGGGGAGCUGAGCAACGUGAAGAGGGCGGCCGCCAUGGACGUGGAGGAGCUGCGCGGCGGCGCGGCCGAGCUCGCCGGCGGUGCCGGGAAGGUUCGGGAGGUGCUUCGGCUGGACGGCGGAGGGAGGUUCCGGGAUGCGAUGGAAGGGUUCUUGAAGAGGGCGGAGGAUGAGAUUACGAGGAUUCGGGCGGAGGAGAGCGCCGCCUUCUUGGCCGUGAAGGCGACGGCGGAGUACUUCCACGGCGAGGAGGCGCACCCGCUGAGGAUCUUCGUGGUGGUGAGGGACUUCCUCGCGGUGCUCGACAGGGUCUGCAAGGAGGUGGGCUCUCCCCGCCUGCCGCCGACCGCCGCCGGCGGUCAUCCUCCGCCGGUGGCGGCGGCGGCGGCGGCGGCGCCGGGAUUCCCUAGGUUUUACCUCGCGGAGGAAGAGCACGGCUCGGGUUCGCCCUAG